AGAUUCUUAAAAGAAACAUAAUUUUGGGAAAUAGAUGCAUCAGCUUUUUAGGAAUUGUCUGAUAAAAUGAUAUUGCGAUAAAUUUCCCAAUAUUUGAUAACUUAUUGUGGGUUUUUGUUUUCCUGAAGUGUAAAAUCAAUAUUAUUACAGUUGGAAGGAGUCAUACAACCAAGGAUUUUCUAGAUCUUUACAUUUUUCAUCUUUGUAAUGAGCAGCUGACUAGAGAAAAAACGGAGAAAAGAAAAAUCUUGUGCAUUUUCUUACCAUAUUUUCAUAAUUUAUAGAAUAAAUUAUGAUUAUAUGUAUAUUGAAGACUAUCUCGUACAAAUUCUUUACACAAUAAAUCAUCUUUAUUUUUCAACGUGUCGAGAAUCAUGAGUUCUCAUGUGGACAAGUUUCAAGAAGCUUCCAAAAAAGUAAAAACUUUGAAAAAGGAGCCAGGAAACGAUGUGAAACUAAAUCUUUAUGCUUUAUACAAGCAAGCCACAGAAGGAUCUUGUAAACAACCUAAACCAUCAAUGUUUGAUCUUGUUGGAAAAGCUAAAUGGGAUGCCUGGGUUUCUCUUGGAACAUUGUCACAAGAUGAUGCCAGAAAGCAAUAUGCUGCUUUGGUAGAUGAACUUUUGAAUGCAGAACAAUCACAAGAAAAAGUUGAAUUUGCUGCUGGUGAUAAUAAAUAUGAGGGACUGAUUUUUAAUCCUGGGAAGGACAUUACAGAAAUAAUUUUCAACCGUCCCAAUAAAAGAAAUGCCAUAACAACACAAAUGUAUAGAGAUAUUGUAUCUGCUCUUAAAGAAGCAACUGAGAGUGAAGCUGCUGUUACAGUUCUUACUGGUAAAGGGGAUUAUUACAGUAGUGGCAAUGACCUCAGCAAUUUUGCAUCAAUUCAGGGUGAUGUUUCUACAGCUGCAAAAGAUGGAGCAGAACUUCUCAGGGAUUUUGUGGCUGCGUUUAUAGAUUUUCCUAAAAUUUUGGUUGCUGCUGUAAAUGGUCCAGCUGUUGGAAUUCCAGUUACACUUUUGGGAUUGUGUGAUGUUGUUUAUGCAUCUGACAAAGCUACAUUCCAUACACCUUUCAGUCUGUUAGGGCAAUCACCAGAAGGUUGUUCAACUUACCUGUUUCCAAAAAUCAUGGGAUAUUCAAAGGCCAACGAAAUACUUCUUUUUAGCAAGAAAUUUACUGCUGCUGAAGCCAAAGAGCUAGGACUUGUUUCUGAAGUUUUUCCUCAUGAAACGUUCCAAGAAGAUGUGAAGAAAAAAUUAGAAUUCCUCUCUGAAGCGUCUAAAAAUUCCAUGAUAUAUGCAAAGGAACUGAGUCGGAAUUUAGAAAGAUCAAUUUUACACAAAGCAAAUGAGACAGAAUGUGAAAGACUCGUUGAAAGAUGGCAGUCACCCGACUGCAUGGAGGCUCUAAUGAGAUUUUUUCAAAGAAAAUCAAAAUUGUAGAUUUUAAUGUGUAUUAUUUCUUUUAUCAUUUUAUAUUUUUAUAUAAUUUUAUUAAGAUUAUUUAAUAAGCAAAGUAUUUUUUAAAAAUUUCAUAAUUCAUCUUGAAAAUAUUGAUUGAUAUAUUUUAUCUAAAAAAUUAUUAUGAAAUCGUCUAAUUUGAAACAGUUUUAUCAAUCAAACUGUGAAAAUCGUGUGAAAAAAACAACAAUCAUAUUUUUAGUUCUAAACCUCCUACAAAAUUGACCCUUUUUCUUUAUGUUCUAUAUAUAAACUGUGGUUUCUUCAUACUCAUUUGAUAAGUAAAUAUAAUAGAGACUAGGAUUCCCAUUUAUGAAAUGAUUCUACUUAUUUUCCUAAUCUUCUAUCCUCAAGGUAGACAUCGAGCAGAUGAUUAUUUUAUUUUACCCUCUAAAUGUAUAAGCAAUGCUGUUGUAUUUAAAAAAAAGUCUGUAAACAAACAAAAAAAACAUCAAAUUUUUUUGCCUGUUUUAAAACCCUGUUAUAAAUUGUCUGAUACAAAUAUAACUAUUAGUUUUGCUUCAAUGAAGCAUUCUAUAUGUAGCUACUAUCUCGUCAAACAUCACACCCAGUCAUUUCCAUGGAUUUUCACCUUGGUUAGGUGUUUAUUUACUUUUUGAACCUGCUUUUCUCUGAAAUAGGUUUUCCAUUGUUUGAUCAUAUUCCUUUUUGAAACUACAUAAAGGCUGUUUUGAUGCAGACUUCAUAAGUUUGAACUGUAGUCAAAUCACCUGAGCUCCACCUGAAUCAGUACUUCCUCAUCAAACUUCUGCAUCAUACCAGCAUUAAGAUAUUUAACCCAUGAUGAAUUUGAUAUGCUGCAGGCCAGUAUAUAUGGUGAAUCUUUCAUAAAAUCGUCUAGGGUUUAUGACUCUUUGCAUUGAGACUCUGCCAUAAAUUUGAGAUGGAAAAUCUUAUUAUAUAAAUCAAAAUUAUAGACUCUCUUCUGAUUUAUUUUUGGAUAGAAAAAUUUUAUUUACUUGCGUUCAAAUUAUACUUGGAAAACAAAAGUGCAGUUUAUAAAUAUAUGUGAAUAGAUUAAAAACCAUUAUUUAAGAGCUUACAGGAGCUUAUUCCACAGUGCAAAUGCAUAGUUUUUGAAUGUUUAAUUUUUCUUUUCAUAUUAUUACUUUUUAUGAACUUACUUUUGCUGUAUAUUCAUUGAAAUGUUUAUUAAAAGUUAUUAAAUGUUUCUUUCUCUUUUUAGUAUUUAAUUUUUUUUAAUUGUCAAUUUCAAUGCAAAGUUAGAUUUUUUUUUUUUUUUUUUUUUCCCCCUUGGAAACUGUUUCUAAUGUUUUAUAAUUUUGUUUUGUCUUCCUUCAAAUGAUUAUUUUAUAAUUGUUGAGUAAUUUUGAUUGAAUAAAUUACUGUAUUGAAUUAU